ACCUUCACUUGUUUAGUCUGUCCCGAUUAGCAGUCAACCAGUCGCACAAAGAUAGUAUAGUGACAAAUUAAGGUUAUUGAUCAAUUGAGAGGAGUUGGAGAAGCAGGAUUUAUGGAGGCAAAAAUUGCAAGGAGUUUGCAACUCUCCCCGUGGAUUAGUUCAGAAAAUAGACUGCCAAAGUCCAAUGGCUCGCUGAGUUUUUCCAAGUGUCAGACCAAACAUCAGAGAAGUCAGAUGUUAAUUUCCUGUGACUUUCAACCUAUAAAAGCCAAGAGUUGGCACAGACCAUGUUUGCUGACGGCUUCAUGUUCUUCUCAGAAUUCUCAAGCCUCUAUUAUGGAAUCUGAAAACUCUCUACCAUCCCUUGAUGAAGUUCACGUUUUGAAGAGUAAGUCAGAAGAGAUUGAACCGUACCUAAGCGGGCGAUGCAUAUAUCUUGUUGGAAUGAUGGGCUCUGGCAAAACAACCGUUGGCAGAAUUAUUGCAGAGGCACUUGGCUAUGCAUUUUUUGACUAUGAUACACUUAUAGAGCAAGCUGUUGGUGGAACAAGUGUUGCUGAAAUCUUUAAGCUACACGGCGAGGGCUUCUUUAGAGAUAAUGAGACAGAGGUCUUGCGCAAGCUUUCUUUGAUGCGUGAGGUUGUUGUUUCCACUGGUGGGGGUGUGGUUGUUCGGCCCAUUAACUGGAGAUAUAUGCACAAGGGCAUUAGUGUCUGGUUAGAUGUGCCUGUGGAUGCCUUAGCUAGGAGAAUUUCAGCAGUUGGAACUCAUUCCCGGCCCCUAUUUCAUAAUGAAUAUGGGGACAUUUAUGCCAAGACUCUCAAACGUUUGUCGACACUUCUGGACAAAAGGGAGGAUGCAUAUGCCAAUGCCAAAGCUAGGGUUUGCCUAGAAACUUUUUCAGAUAUUGCUGCAAAAAGCGGUUGCAUUGAUGUUUGCACUAUCACGCCUACGGAGAUUGCCAUUGAGGCACUUGUACAAAUUGGAAACUUGUUGAAAAAAGAAAGUAGAGAAGUGCAUUGAGCUCCAUCAUAUACAUGCAUUUUGGUCAAUGCUCUUCAAUCUGAUAACGUUACUUCCAAUUGGGUGGUAGUUCCUCUGCUUCUGGUGUUUUUUUCAACCACAUGUAAUAGGAAUAGUUGUUUGCAAAGACUUCAAACGUACCUUCA